CUGGUAAACGUUGAAACACAUUCAAGAGCCCGAGAAAUUAAGUAAUAAGAGAAAUAAUCCGUUGAGAACAAAGUAAUAAUAUACUUAUUACUUAUAAUACAUUAAGAGAACAAAUGUGCCCCCUUUUCUGCCACUUUACAUUUAUAUAUCGUGUGGGGAGAUAGUGUAUGAUGUGGCCUUAAGGGUGACGGUGGUGUAAGCGACCACGCCGCCACAGGUCAACAAGAUGAUGGCUAUUCCCUCAGCCGAGAAGCGCCCGCUCAAAAGACAAAAAUUAGGGCCACCUGAUGUAUAUCCACAAGAUGCUAAGCAAAAAGAGGAUGAAUUGGAUGAUGUUAGUGUUAAACAAGGUUUCAUACAUCGGCCACAAAUCCAAGAUGAGUACGGCAGUGCACAGAACACUUCCAUCACCCCUGCUAAGGUGGCAAAUUACUUCAAUGCCAUCCUUAAGAAGAAAGCGGAGUCAAACCAGCUGCCAGACACAGCCAGGAAGAAACAACAAAUAAACAGUAAAGAUAACUUUUGGUUGGUGACACCAAGAUCCAAAACAGCUAUAGAGGCUUGGUUCAAAGACUUAGCUGGAUCAAAGGCUUUAACUUCACUUGCCAAAAAAGUUCCUAUAUUCAGCAAACGGGAAGACAUGUUCCUGACACUUUGUGAAUACUCUGUCCCCAUGCUGAGGGCUACAUGGUUUAUAAAGAUGACAUCUGCAUAUCAUGAGUCAAAGGUGGCUGAGUCCAAGAUAAAGAAGCGUCAACAACCUGACAUUGCACAAGAAUGGACCCAAACUCUCACAAGACUUCUACGUGAACAGCUCGGCAAAAUUGCUGAAGUAUACUUAGGUAACCCCAGUACAGCAUCUGGUGCUUCUUCUGCCGGGUCAACUCCUAAUGCCAAUACUACUGGAGGAUCUCUCACUACCAACAAUACUGCAGCAUCAACAGCGACAGCAACAACAACAGUGCCGGCCACAACACAACCUCCCCAGUCAUCACCACACAAUCAGGGAUUGUCAGGGUCUAUUAGUGGAGCAGCAGCAAGUGGAGCACCAGGACAGCCAAACCCUGCCCAACUGACUCAUGUUGUACGCAAUUGGAAUUACUGUCUUCAACUGGCUCACUUCAUGUACCAGGAAGGAUUGCUUGAUCGUCAAGAACUUUUAGAGUGGGUUGUGGAGGCUUUUGUACGUUGGCGUGGAGCUGAACAUGAUGUUGUCCUUCGUGUGGUGUUGCCUCUGCCCUUACAGUACUUAGAUGAAAUCACACAAUCAGAGUAUCUCUCACGUAAACUAGCUCAUUACUCAGCAGCCAAGUUGGCUCAACUGUGUCAUGACUCUGGUUAUGCCUCACCCAGGCCACAGUCUCCUGUCAACCAGACCAGCAAUGGAAUUAGUUUAAGUGGUCAGGGUUCUGGGAGCAGUCAGCCAUCAGGGCCGACUAUCAACCCUCUUGCAGCAACAUUCCAAGAACUUCUGUCUUGUCACCAGCACCGCCCAGUUGUCCUGGCAGCUUCCUGCUUCAUCCAGGCUGUUACUCUGGACUGUCCAACUGCCCUGGUGUGGAAUAAUGCUGGUGAGGGCAAAGCUACCUCCUGGCUGACAGGGUCGCCCCUUGACUUGCUUCCUUGUGCCCCUUCAGACCUUCCCAUGCCUCCUCGUUAUAAUAACCAACAUGUUAGAGUUCAACUGAGGAUGAUGGAAGAACAUAUUCGCCAGCGAAGUCGUGCUGCAGAGAAUCGAUGGUCCUUAGAUAAAUAUGCUGUCAAUAUAGCAGGGUCAACUAUUAAUCGAGUCCUUGGAGCUCUCGAUGCCCUUGACCGUCAUUGUUUUGAUCGUGUUGUUAAUAACUCUCUUGACACCCUUUAUAAUAAGAUUUUUGAAAAUAAUGUUAGUGAUGAGGCCAUCGUGCGUACACUGUGUGAAUGGGCAGUGUCAGUACAGCGCUGUGGGGAGCACCGGGCUUUAGUUGUUGCUCGCUUAUUGGAGAAGAGACAAAAUAACGUUGCAUCAGCUGAAAAUGAUCUUCCAGAUGACAAGGACUCUGUGACCUCUAAUCAGAUGCUAACCCCAGGUGGAUGUAUUUUCCAGAACCUCCUGCUAAAGUUCUUAGAUACACAGGCUCCUGUAUAUGAUGAGAAUGCAUUGUCUGUAAGAUCACAGGAGUUUGGGAACUUGGUCCUCUUAUUUUCUGAACUGAUCCGUCAGGAUGUAUUUAGCCAUGAUACAUAUAUGUGCACUCUCAUAUCGCGUGGUGACUUGGCCUCAGGCACUCCUGACCUGAAAGCUGACACAUCUUUUGGAGAAAAGAAGGAGGAUGGAACUGACAACAUCGAUGAAGAUCUUGGGAAGAUGGUGCAGAAAAUAGCUGUUGAUACGAGUCUUGAAGAAUCUGGCACAGGUGGGAGAGGAGAACUCCGAGGGGAAGGUAAACAAAGACCUCCAAGACAUUUAAUAUAUGCUCAACACUUCCCUUUACCACAAGAUGAUGCCUACAUGCAUGAAAUCAAUCAGAGGUACGUGUUACUGUAUGGUGUAGGCAAGACUCGGGAUGAAGCUCGAGCAGCAGUGAAGAAACUGACUAAAGAAAUUUGCAAACUGUUUAGCAAGAAGUGUAGUAUUGAUAUUGCAGAAGGUGGUAAGGUAAAAAAAUCUUCAAGAGGAGAAUUUAACUUUGAAGCAAUAUUAAGUAAAUUUUGCGGACUCUCUUACUUUGAUCAACACCAUAUUACAAGUACAGUGGCUUCUCAGGUUCUGGAGAUGUUGUCAGGCUGUGGAUCUGGUAUGUCAAAUUACCUCCCAACUCAUGAUCACAUUGCCUUCUUGAUGGACCUCAUGGAAGUAGCACUCAAUGUUCAUGGUCUCAUUGAACUCUGUAUUCAGAUGAUCAAAGAGGUUAGUGAAAUUGAGGCUCAGCUGGUGGAACGUGGGUGUCUAGCUGGCUGGUAUUGUCCCACCCUCCUCCUGCAUGUUGUUGGUGUUCUCCGCAAGUAUCAUUGUUGUCUCUUAGUGUCCCAGGAACAAACUUCUGCCAUCUUUGAAGGUUUGUGUCGUUUAGUAAAGGCUAAUCCUUCGGAUUGUACAUCUCCUGAGCGAGUGGUGUUUGCUUAUCUUUAUGAACUUUAUGCAUCGUGCUCCUUCCUGAAGUCAAAGCAUCAUGAAUUGUUCUCAGUCGUGUACCCGAAGAUCAAGCAAGCACUGUAUGCCAGCAUCAGCCCAGCACAGGGAACAUAUCGUUGGUCACUUCAGUUUAUGGAUGAGUACAUCAAGAAUCCAAAAUUAAAAGUUGACUCAAGUAUUGUGAAGCAGUUGUCUGAUCCUGGUAAUCGAUAUAGUUUUGUGUGUAAUGCCAUCAUUGAUGCAUGUUCACCCAAUACUUCAAAUGAAAAGUUGAAUGACAUGGCCGUUCUCUGUGCAGAGCUAACUGCAUCAUGUACUGCUUUAUCUGCAGAGUGGUUAGGGGUACUGAAUGCUUUGUGUUGCUCAUCAAAAGAUAGUCCUGGAUAUAUUGAUGUCCUGGGACAAGUUGGACUCCGUGAUCCACAUUCGACACCAACAAUUCACAGCUCCUUGGCUGUGUUUACAGCAGUUCUUAUUGCUCGACAUUGCUUCACACUUCCUGACUUCCUCAAGUGUGUUGUUCUGCCGUCUCUAAUGGAAGCUUGGAAUACAGGUGAAGGCAAUCCAGAUGCAGAGCCUGGUGCCCGUCUGACUUGUCAUCUACUACUGCGGAUCUUCAAGAGUGUGGAUACUCCACAACCAGCACAGUAUUCUGCUGGUUCAUCUCAGAGUGUAGCCACAGGCAUGUCUCAACGCAGCAUCCGGCUCAGCUGCGAUCGUCACUUGUUGGCUGCAGCCCACACUGCCAUUACCCUUAGCCCCCUUCUUGCUGUCCUAAAGGCAAUGUUGAUUGUUAGUGAUGUGUUGAGUGGACAGAGUAAGAGCCAAGCUUCCAUAUCUGAUAUACUUGGCACAUCUGAUAUGGGUAGUGGCUCCAAUGAUUCUGAUAUGAUGGGGAAGGAUGCAGACAAAGCAAGCCUUGCCGAUUUUGCACGUUAUGCUCUUAGACAAAUAUGUUCUCAAGAAUGGGUGAGAGAGAGAUGUUUAAAAAUUCCUGAGGAACUUUGCAGUGCAGAGAAUCUUUUAGACAGUGCUCUGACUCCAAGACAGGCCCAGCGACUCUUGCAUCAGAUAUGCCAUCCAGACUCUCCCAGCACACAUAAUGAUGCUUCACAAGAUCAACAAACUAUCAUUUCCCAUAUACUCCAAGACUUGGAUGAGUGGAGUCUUCGUAUCUCGUGGUUAGAUCUUCAUCUUAUGUAUGAACAACAAAGAAUCUCGUCACCAGAGCUCAAUUCAUGGCUUGACAAUGUAGCUCAGGCAGCUAUAGAAGUGUUUCAUCUCAACCAUGACCCAGAAUGCUCACCCUUGUCUCAAUCACUAUCUGGUCACAGAACUCGUAAACCUCAGUCCAUCUGCCUAGUAGCGCCACUUAUUUCCAAACUUCCUAAGGCGGUGCAAGGAAGAGUCUUAAAAGUAGCUGGUCAAGUACUAGAGUCUGUCAAUUUUGGUGCCUAUUCUGGAAAUUCUAAACCAGUGGAUGAUGAGAAUGCCACAACAGAGGGCCCCGUUGCAAGCCCUCCUCCAAGUCACAGUCAACCUAGUAGUGUGAGUAGCAGUAAUGGAAUGGAGAAUCCCCCAGGAGGCAGAUCACUGGGACAUUGGCCACUCGCAUCUCACCGGCCAUUCUUGCAACUGGUGCUUAUGUGUUUAGAUGGUCAGGAUGAUCAGUUAUCUGAAUUGCUUGAAUCUCUGAGGACACAACUCACUCAGUCUCUCUUCUCACCCAAAGAGGAUCUCAUUAAUCAGGAAAAGCCUGGAGCCUUGCAAGUCACAUUUCCUGAGGAUGGAAGAAGUCGUCAGUUGAUGUUGGAGGCUUUGAGUCUCCGUUUUGCCUUAGUGGGUGGCCUGUUUGACGUGAUCACAUCCUCUUACUCUAAUUCUAUCAUCACUGAAUGGGCUUUGCUCCUUGUUAACCUCAUUAUAUUUGGAGUGAUUGAUCUGUCCAACAACAGUGAACUCUUCAACACGGUUUUAGACAUGUUGGCAACACUGAUUCAUUCCACUUUAAUGUCUGAUGGACCAUCCGAGUCUCGUGAGGAGAACAGAAGACAUUAUUAUAAUCUCGUCAAAAAAAUUAAGAAGGAAGUGGGAGAACGUAAUAAUGUGUCUCUACGCUUGGUACGCCAGCUUAUUCCACUACCGAAGUUGCAGGCAGAGGUUAUUACCCUUGAGCCCUGGGGAUCUGUGACAGACACGAAGGGCAACCGCCUUCAGGAAUUUGACAAAGACAAAAAGCAUGGACUUCAAGCUGCAGAGAAACAGAAGCUUAGUCCAUGGGAUAUUUUAGAUGGUCAUCGUAACCCUGCCCCACUCUCUUGGGCAUGGUUUGGUGCUACACGUCUUGAGCGCAAACCUCUCAAAUAUGAGGAAGCUCAUAGAUUGUUAAGAUUCCACACACAUACAAUUACCAAGGCUGUGUCCUUCUACCUUGAACCACCACCACUUCCCCCAGAAGAUUUGGAACCUGUACCUGACAAGCAACAAGUGAAAGAGGAAGUGAAGGCUCCAGACACCCCAACAUCUGACCAGUCACCACGUGGAGCAUCAAAACGUGGAGGCAAGAAUCAACGCAACAGGCGGCGAGCACCAAGACAAGUGCCCAGUGUCAACAACAUGGCCAGUCCCACUAUGCCAGCCAUGACCUACCAAAACCCAGGCUUCAGUGGACCAGCACCCACUCAGUGGGGUUCUGGCUUUGGUCAACAGCAGCCACCUCAACAACAACAACCCUUUUAUACACAGCAACCAUUACCACCAGAACCUUGGCAUCUUACAGCAAGGUUUAAUAAAAAUGCUAACAAUGCACACACGAAAAAGAGUGAUGACCAAGCUCCAGUGAAGACAGGAACAGAGUUUAAUAUUAAAACCAGUAGCAAUGAGUCUGCGGAAGCUGGUGGCGCUCGAUUCCAGUCAGCCAUUUCAAAUAGUCGAGUAGCAAUACGACAAAUGCUAGGUCAACGCCACCCAGGUGGACCGCCGGCAAUGAUAACGGGUCAUCCAAGUAAUGCAGGGUUUACGAAUAUGGCUCCUGGACCUAUCACUAGUUUAACACGUCAGGGACCUAUAAUAAGGUCUGGACUGCGAGGAGGUCUUCCAGGUCCUCAGCAAGGAUCUAUGUACAGCAGUGGUGGAGCUAUGCCAGGCGGCCCUAUGCCGCAAGGUAUGCACAGCCAAGGAAGUCAGAUGUACUCAGGCAUGGGUGGUGGAGGGCCAGGUGGACCUCCAGGUGGUCCAAGUGGACCUGCCCAAGCUGGCUUGGCACAGUAUGGAUCAUAUCAACAAGGCCCCAUGGCUAGUGGACAAAUGAUGAGUCAAGGUCCAGGUGGGGCUACCGUCCCUACAGGUCCUGGAGGCCCAGCUAAUAGUAUACCUGUAAUGGGUCAGGGUUACCAGGGAGGCUAUCAAACUAAUCCCACUAUGAUGGGAUUACGACAACAGCAGCCAGGUGGCUACAUUGGACAAAGCAUGACUCAAUCACAGAUAGUCCAGCGACCACAGUACAUUCAG